AUGGUGACGAUCUUCACUUCUCCCUCAUCUGCCAAUGAAGUCAAUGGCGAAGGCGACGGCGCCGAUAUCAUUGAGAACCACCGACGCGCCCAGAGGCAAUCAGAUCAAACGAAAGUCAAGACAUGUGUCGCCUCGAUUAUAGGCAUGCGGAAGGUAACUCCUCGCGCGAUCGCGUAUACAGCUUGCCAGAUUCGGUUUGCUCUUUCUAACAUUACCUCCUGGCGCACCGUGGAUGGGGAUUUUGAUUAUCAGAUAUACUGGAGCAAUAUUGUAGACUUUUUUGAGAAUGCCCCGGGUCCGGCUGCACGAGGAAGGGUGAACGAACUUCUUGAGUGGUGGACCAGAAAGGUUUUCGGGAAGAAUCACCGACAGGAUUUGACGCCAGAUGUUGUUUCGCGAAUGUCUGUCAGUGCUCUUGCUACUCAGAGGCAGGAGAAGGAGGAUGCUGUAUUUGACUCCGACUAG